ACUACCGACGCACCAACAACAGAAUCAUCUACUACUGAUGCACCAACAACAGAAUCAUCUACUACUGAUGCACCAACUACAGAGGCAUCGACAACUGAAGUACCAACAACCGAAUCAUCUACUACUGACGACCCAACUACAGCAGCAUCAACUACUGAAAUACAAACAACAGAACCAUCCACUACCGACGCACCAACAACAGAAUCAUCUACUACUAAUGCACCAACAACCGAAUCAUCUACUACUGAUAUACCUACUACUGAGUCAUCUACUACUGAUGCACCAACAACAGAAUCAUCUACUACUGAUGCACCAACUACAGAGGCAUCGACAACUGAAGUACCAACAACCGAAUCUUCUACGACUGAUAAACCGACUACAGCAGCAUCAACUACUGAAGUACAAACAACAGAACCAUCCACUACCGACGCACUAACAGAAUCAUCUACUACUGAUGCACCUACAACCGAAUCAUCUACUACUGAUGCACCUACUACUGAGUCAUCUACUACUGAUGCACCAACAACAGAAUCAUCUACUACUGAUGCGCCGACAACCGAAUCAUCUACUACUGAAGCACCAACAACAGAGUCAUCUACUACUGAUGCACCAACUACAGAGGCAUCGACUACUGAAGUACCAACAACUGAGUCAUCUACUACUGAUGCACUAACAACAGAAUCAUCUACU